AUGGUUAAAAUCGCCGAUCAUUCAGCUGUGAUUUUUGGCACACAUUUUCCAAACCGAAUAUUCGUUGGCUGUUUGCCACCAAAGGCUGCUGCACAGGAUCUCGCAGAAUUCUUCAGCUUUUUUGGGACGGUGAACGAAGCGAAGAUAGUUCUAGACGAAAAUGGUAAUUCAAAAAGAUUUGGUUUCGUGUCCUUUGCCUACGAGAAAGAUGUUUCCGCUGUUCUUCAGCAUGGUUCCAUAUUUUUCUGGGGCAAGAAAAUCAAUGUUGGUCCUGCAAUAAAGAAAAUGGUAAUUAUCUAGACAGAAUCUUUUAUUUUCAUAUUUACGCCAGUAAAAAUCAUGCUAAUUCACGUACUUGAAAUGUAUGGGAAACGAAGUAAUAAAAGCUAAGAAACAUAAUUGCGUUUAGCCUCAUAUUUAUGCAACAUCCUUAAAUUGUCUUAACCAACGAUCUCAGACAAGGGCAAAAUAAGUAAAUUAUCAAAAACAAAAGGAACAUUUUAAUUUAUCAAAAUACUGAUAAAUUUGUUACACUUUUUGAAACUCUUUGAGAAAAAUAGACACUUUAAAUAUAAUAUGCAAGUAUAGGGUUUUAAUAGACUUUAUUGUUAUGUACUGCAUAAUACCAGCAGCAGCAUAAGCAAAACAUUUAUGCUAAUCAACAUCCAUUCAACAUAGAUUCAUCAAAUGUCGAUAUUACGUACAUGGCCUUUUUCUUUAAUCACAGUGGAUAAAAGGGUUUGUUUUUCCUAUUCUAGUUUUCAGAUGAUGUCAAAGGAAAACCUGCAAAAAUCGUGCUUGAUGAGACGAUGACCAAGUCUGGUUGCAAAUCACAUGUUGUGUAUCAACCACUAAACAAAUGCACGUUCCCAA